AUGUCUUUAUAUGCAAGAUACCGAUCAGUCCGGCAGGCUAACCUUCUCUCUCUCUCUCUCCACGUAUACUAUGUAGGCUUCCAAACCAACGCCGCAACUCACGCGCAGAACGCGGGAUACCCUCUUUACCCAUCCGUCAGCCAACUCCUACUUCAAAAAGGCAUACCAGAGUCCGAAAUCUCCAAGAUCCCCGCCACAGGACCCAAGGGUCGUCUCCUCAAGGGCGAUGUCCUCGCAUACAUCGGCGCCAUCCAGGCUGGCUACCCAGCGGAGCAAGCCGCACGCAUUGAGAAGAUGGGACAUUUAGAUCUCAGCAAUAUCAAGAUUGCUCCACCUCCCCAAGCACCCACCGCCAAGGCCGAAACACCGGCUCCCUCAGAGGAGAUAAUCCCGGAACUUCCGUCAGACAUUUCGAUCGCAGUGUCGAUUUCGUUGGAAUCCGUUCUAUCAACCCAGAAACGCAUCAAGAGCGCCCUUGGCAUCACCGUGCCGCUGUCCACAUUCAUUGCGCGCGCUACUGAAAUUGCAAACGACGAUUUACCGCGCUCGUCAGCAUCCAAGCUAUCGGCGAGCGAGCUGUUUGAUGAAAUCCUCGGUGCUCCCGUCGUCAAGAAGUUUACACGUGGAAACUACGUUCCCGAAAUCAACACAGUCCCCUUUGAAGAAUUCGAAAACUUCAAUGAAGAGAUUGUUGAAGAGAAGGAGGAGGAGGAUAUCAUUGAUAUUCUCUCCGGAAAUGUGCCCCGUCGUCAUAAGUUCGCUACUAGUAGUAGCACCCCCGAAUCUGCUUCCAAGAGUUCAUUCCCUGCUGCCGCUCUCAAUGUAUUCAGCCUCACGGUCCCUGUUGGAGAGGAGCGGAGGGCAAAGACGUUUUUGGAUCGGUUGAGUACAGUGCUGACGGUUGACCCAGGCCGAUUGGUGCUUUAA